AUGAAUAUUAAAGAGGAACAAAUAUGCUAUAAGCUGCUUUGCAAUGCUUGCCUUUGUGUUGGAAGGAAGCUACAUGAAAUAUCUGAUGAGAAAACACUAAAAUACUACUUGAAUGCUUUGAGUGAAAUUCCUCUGUACAAUCCAUCAACAGUAAAUCUCCUGAUAUGCUGGGAAUGUAAAGCACUGCUACAGAAGUGUGUGGCCUUCAGGGAGCAAGUGCAGGACUCAUACCGGAUAUUACAAACUUACACCAAUGAGAAUCUCCAUGAAUGCCUACUCUCCGAUGUGAGUCGUCCACCUCGCUUAAAGCUACAUAAAGCUGAUCCAGUGAACAUAUCGCCCUUAGAAGGCUUGGAAACUUUUACUGAUCCUAUUAAUUGCCUGAAAUAUGAAUUCAAACAGGAAUCGAAGAAUAAUGACGAUGGAAACACGUUGGAAGAUGAUGGCAUAUUGUCAGAUUCAUCUGACGAUACAAAACAAUCUGAUUCUGAUAUCCAGGAUAUAAUGUGUUCCAUCAAGAGCGGGAAAAGGAGAAAGAGAGUUGGCACCAAAACUAAGAAAGCUAAAAAGGAAAAGAUAAGCAAGGUACUAGAAGACUGUCUGUCAUCAGAUGGAAGUGAAUCUCGUUUGAAUUCCACUUUAGAGCCAACAGAGUUACCUUCAGAAGCAUUCGAGACAGUCCCACAAGUACCUAUGGUGUGUGUUAAAGACAAAUUUAAAGAGGAAUGGGAGGAGAAAGAAGACACAAAUGCUUUAGGUGACGACGAUAAUGCCAUUAUGUCAGAUUCAUCUGACAAUACGAAACAAAUGGAAUCUGACAUUCAGAAUAUUGUUUGUGACGUGAAGAAGGGAGAGAAGAGGAAGAGAGACAGCACUAAAGCGCAGAAAGUUAAGAAAGUGACAAGAAGAAAGACAAAAUCUACGAAAGAUCUGCGCCAAAAGAUACUAACUAUAGAGCUUACAUAUGAAGAGUUGUUAGUAGAAAGAGAUAGAGAAUCGACCAGAGACACAUAUGUGAAGGCGGAGUAUAAAUGUGAGAGCUGUCUGAUCGGAUUCAAUUAUAACAAGUCAUAUCAAGCUCAUGUCGCUGCUAAACAUUCCGAGGAUCUUGGCGACUACGUAUGCCCCAUAUGUAAAACUAUAGUACCGUCUAUAGACUCCUUCACUGGACACUACAAGCGACAUAUGAGAAGAUACGAGUGCACUAUAUGCCACAAGCGGACCCUGGAUAUUAAAGUAAUGCAACAACAUUAUUACUCCACACAUGAGAUAUCGCUUAAGGAAUAUAAAUGCAAUAUCUGCGGGAAGAUUUCAAAUUCAAUAGACUCGCAUCGGUACCACAAAGACACACACAAGGCCCGGCUGCAGUGCGCGGAGUGCGACAAGACCUUCAGACAUAGAACUGGACUCAUGAAUCAUAGACUGGCAGUACACGAAUACCACAACGUGUUUCCGUGCACGCUCUGUGAUAAGGUUUUCAGGUGGAAAACCAGUCUGAAGCGACAUCUAGAGAAACAUGAAGUUAUGAAGGGUAAAUCACCAUCGUCUGCAGCAUACUGCUCGACAUGUAAUAUUAAUUUCUCGUCUUUAUGUUCAUACCAACGACAUCUGAAGAUCAGCUUGAAACAUGUAACACAGGAUCAGUUCAAGUUUAUUUGUGAUCACUGCAACAAGCGGUUUUCUGAUAAGACGAAGAUUAGAGACCAUAUUGAAGAGAAACAUCUGCAUAAGACAUUCCAGUGCCAUAUAUGUCUAAAGCCUUCAAAGAACCGAGUAGGUUUAGACCAGCACAUUAGGAAUGUUCAUAAAGGAAGGCCAAAUAACAAGAUGUGUCAUCAUUGCGGGAAGGGAUUCCCGACCAAAGUGCAAUUAGAAUCUCACAUUCGCACACACACCGGAGAGCGGCCGUUUAUAUGCGAAUUCUGUCCGACUACGUUCUCACAGCAAUCGAAUCUAUACAAACAUAAUCGACAAGUACAUCUAAAUAUAAAAUCCAAGCGAUAUCCUCUGGGUAAGAGAAAGGAUGACAAAAGUCAAGAAAUACCUACUGUGGAACCAGCGCCCAUAGACCAGUACAGAUUACCUAUGAUUCAGUAUACUACUGAAAAAUCUUUCGUCAUAUAA